AUGAAAACAAUUAUUAUAAUAGUAUUAUUAAUAAAUAUAACUUAUUCUUAUUUGGGUGAAAAAUUUUGGACCAAAAUUUAUUAUGGAAUUCCUGAUGAAGGGCAUAUGAAAGUUAUAUUUAAAGAUCAUCCUGUUAAUGAAAAAGGAUUAGUUGAUGAAAAUAAUCAAUUAGCUUAUUUCGUAUACGUUUCUAAAAACCAUCAUGAAGGUUUCUUUGGUAUGACAUAUCUCAAUAAUGGAUCAUUGUGUGGUAGAUUUAAUAUAAAUAAUACAUUAUAUGAGACAUGUGAAAAUUUUAGAAUCCUAAAACAUAAUAAACAUGAUAAAAGUUUGUUUGAAAUUGCUUCCGUGAAUGAACCAGGUAUUACAAAAUUUUGUAUUGAAUUUUAUGAUAUUUUUGCUGCAAUAUUAAAAGAUCCUUAUGAUGGUUCAAGUUUUUAUGGAUACAUAUCAAAAAAUGGUGAUGAAGCUUUUGGUAUUGACCAUAAUGGUGGAGUUGUUAAUUAUGUUGGUUUUGAUGUUAUUAGUAAUUUUGGAAUGUAUCUAAUUUACAGGAAAUAA